AACUCUGAACCGUACUAAAAAAGAAAAGAAAACUACAAUGGCUAGCUAGCCUGGUCGGUCAGCAAUUUAUACAACAGUACACAGUAUGUAUACCAGAUUGUUUAUAAAAUAACAUUGACAUUUUUAGAUUACCUUUUAUUUUCUUACUUCUUUAUCAUCAUUUCACUCUACUCAAAAUGGAAACGAUUUAAAAACGUCAUCAUGCUCAAAAUCGACACGUAUAGACCAAUAUUUGACGAUAUAUCGCACUGGCCGUAAUCACAGUGACUAUUGUGUGAUUAUUUCUGCUCAUUUGACGGGCGUGUUUUCGUGGAACUCUGCGGGAAUCUCUAGCUUUCGCUUUUAAUAAUAGCUGAAAUACCAAGAACUCACAGGCUUAUGCAAUUGUUUAUUAUUCGUUUCAUUGUUAUAUUUCACCCAAAAAAUAGCCGACAAAAACGACAGUCAUGAUUUGCCAUCUUUGUGGUAACGAUAAAUUAUCUAAAGAGUUUCCUGAAGAACACCUCACGGAAGAUUGUAUUAAACAUGCGUUACUGCAUUGUCUAAGGUGUGUUACGACGGCCGUGCAAGAUCACCAGAAGUGUUCCCAAUGUAAGGUCCAAGUUACAAAAGACAACGAAAAAUACAAGCAGUUUGUUCAGAUUUUGGAGUUGCUUUUCCCUACAGUCGCUACCGGCGAUGAGUUCGAUGCAAAUAGUGAACCCAUUGAUGCUACUAGUGACGAAUCGCAUUCUCAGAUAGUUGUUGCAACGCUUUCUGGAGAUAGUACUACGCUCCCCUACGAUCCAGAUCAGUCCAUUCUGAGUUUUAAAGAAAUUGUCGAGCAAGAACUAGAAACGCCUUGCCCAAAACAAUCCCUGUGGUAUAACGAAAUUGAGCUGAAGGAAUCAGGGCCGAACAACGAAGUUCUUACCUUAAAGGAUUACCAUGUUCAACCCAACAGCAGAAUAUAUCUAUUGGUACUGUUGUAUGCAAUUCCAGAUAGAUUUAACCAGGUUAUCUUCAAUCUUUUAUGGGAAUAUCCGGAGAGUGGCCGUGACUACCUGGAUGCUUCGGUAUUGCUGUACAGUGGAACAAAUUUUGUAGACGUGAUUGAUUUUAGCAAUAGAGAAAGUAAGUCAUGUCCGGGAGUCCAGCAUUCUGGCGAUGUGGUGGAUGAUGACGAGCAAUCGGGUCAUCACACCAUACAUGUGUCAAUCAAAUCGAUUCCGUCUCAUAUCAACAAGCUGAUUUUCACCUUGAGCUCGUGGCAUUCUUCAAAUAUCUCGAAAUAUCCCAGUCUAAGCCUACGAUUCUUCGAUGCGGAGUUUCCUGACAAACAACUGUGCGACGAUAAAAUGAGUCAUGCUGCCUAUUCUCAAGCAAUCAUCAUGUGUUGUUUGAUUAACAGAGGAGGUGGGUGGAAGGUGUUCAGUUUGAAGAGACCCUCCGCUGGUAACGUUUUGAAUUAUCGUCAAAUAAAAAGCACUAGUAUGGCUCUUAUAGAAAAGGGUUACAUAUAAAGGGUUGUUUUGCUUAAACUAAACGACUAUUUAGUUAUUUUGACACUUUCUUGGGUUUUUGACGUGUACGACCUAAAUGAAAAAAUGUUAUAUUUUGGUGGAAAGAAAAACGUUUGUCGUUCAGUCUGCCCUUAACACUUUUACCACAUCUUGCAUGCGCGCGGUGUAUUUAGAAUUAAAAUUACUUUUAUUCAACAAUUUUCUGCAACAUUAAUUUUCCCGCAA